AAUUACAAAACGCGGUUUUUGAGCCCCUUACUGUUGGAGCUACAGGGAGAGAAACAGAGGAGGAGACUACAGGAGAUCAUUGGAGGCCGUGGACACACUCUUUACUUCAUGUGUGGGACAUUCAUUGCGGAAUAACAUAGCAGAAGUUUCCCAGAGCUAUGGGGACUUCCCAUCCGGCGUUCCUGGUCUUAGGCUGUCUUCUCACAGGGCUGAGCCUAAUCCUCUGCCAGCUUUCGUUACCCUCUAUCCUUCCAAAUGAAAAUGAAAAGGUUGUGCAGCUGAAUUCAUCCUUUUCUCUGAGAUGCUUUGGGGAUAGUGAAGUGAGCUGGCAGUACCCCAUGUCUGAAGAAGAGAACUCUGAUGUGGAAAUCAGAAAUGAAGAAAACAACAGUGGCCGUUUUGUGACAGUUUUGGAAGUGAGCAGUGCCUCGGCGGCCCACACAGGGUUGUACACUUGCUAUUACAACCACACUCAGACAGAAGAGAAUGAGCUUGAAGGCAGGCACAUUUACAUCUAUGUGCCAGACCCAGAUGUAGCCUUUGUACCUCUAGGAAUGACGGAUUAUUUAGUCAUUGUGGAGGACGAUGAUUCUGCCAUCAUACCUUGUCGCACAACUGAUCCCGAGACUCCUGUAACUUUACACAACAGUGAGGGGGUGGUACCUGCCUCCUACAACAGCAGACAGGGCUUUAAUGGGACCUUCACUGUAGGGCCCUAUAUCUGUGAGGCCACCGUCAAAGGAAAGAAGUUCCAGACCAUCCCAUUUAAUGUUUAUGCUUUAAAAGCAACAUCAGAGCUGGAUCUAGAAAUGGAAGCUCUUAAAACCGUGUAUAAGUCAGGGGAAACGAUUGUGGUCACCUGUGCUGUUUUUAACAAUGAGGUGGUUGACCUUCAGUGGACUUACCCUGGAGAAGUGAAAGGCAAAGGCAUCACAAUGCUGGAAGAAAUCAAAGUCCCAUCCAUCAAAUUGGUGUACACUUUGACGGUCCCCGAGGCCACGGUGAAAGACAGUGGAGAUUACGAAUGUGCUGCCCGCCAGGCUACCAGGGAGGUCAAAGAAAUGAAGAGAGUCACUAUUUCUGUUCAUGAGAAAGGGUUCAUUGAAAUCAAACCCACCUUUAGCCAGCUGGAAGCUGUCAACCUGCAUGAAGUCAAACAUUUUGUCGUAGAGGUGCAGGCCUACCCACCUCCCAGGAUAUCCUGGCUGAAAAACAAUCUGACUCUGAUCGAAAAUCUCACGGAGAUCACCACUGAUGUGGAAAAGAUUCAGGAAAUAAGGUAUCGAAGCAAAUUAAAGCUUAUCCGUGCUAAGGAAGAAGACAGUGGCCAUUAUACUAUCGUAGCUCAAAAUGAAGAUGAUGUGAAGAGCUAUACUUUUGAACUGUUAACUCAAGUUCCUUCAUCCAUUCUGGACUUGGUCGAUGAUCACCAUGGCUCAACUGGGGGACAGACGGUGAGGUGCACAGCUGAAGGCACGCCGCUUCCUGAUAUUGAGUGGAUGAUAUGCAAGGAUAUUAAGAAAUGUAAUAAUGAAACUUCCUGGACGAUUUUGGCCAACAAUGUCUCAAACAUCAUCACGGAGAUCCACCCCCGAGACAGGAAUACCGUGGAGGGCCUUGUGACUUUUGCCAAAGUGGAAGAGACCAUUGCAGUGAGAUGCCUGGCUAAGAAUCUCCUUGGAGCUGAGAACCGAGAGCUGAAGCUGGUGGCUCCCACCCUGCGUUCUGAACUCACGGUGGCUGCUGCAGUCCUGGUGCUGCUGGUGAUUGUGAUCAUCUCACUCAUUGUCCUGGUUGUCAUUUGGAAACAGAAACCGAGGUAUGAAAUUCGCUGGAGGGUCAUUGAAUCAAUCAGCCCAGAUGGACAUGAAUAUAUUUAUGUGGACCCGAUGCAGCUGCCUUAUGACUCGAGAUGGGAGUUUCCAAGAGAUGGACUAGUGCUUGGUCGGGUCUUGGGGUCUGGAGCGUUUGGGAAGGUGGUUGAAGGAACAGCCUAUGGAUUAAGCCGGUCCCAACCUGUCAUGAAAGUUGCAGUGAAGAUGCUAAAACCCACGGCCAGAUCCAGUGAAAAACAAGCUCUCAUGUCUGAACUGAAGAUAAUGACUCACCUGGGGCCACAUUUGAACAUUGUAAACUUGCUGGGAGCCUGCACCAAGUCAGGCCCCAUUUACAUCAUCACAGAGUACUGCUUCUACGGAGAUUUGGUCAACUAUUUGCAUAAGAAUAGGGAUAGCUUCCUGAGCCGCCACCCAGAGAAGCCAAAGAAAGAGCUGGAUAUCUUUGGGUUGAACCCUGCUGAUGACAGCACACGGAGCUAUGUUAUUUUAUCUUUUGAAAACAAUGGUGACUACAUGGACAUGAAGCAGGCUGAUACCACACAGUAUGUCCCCAUGCUAGAAAGGAAAGAGGUUUCUAAAUAUUCCGACAUCCAGAGAUCACUGUAUGAUCGUCCAGCCUCAUAUAAGAAGAAAUCUAUGUUAGACUCAGAAGUCAAAAACCUCCUUUCAGAUGAUAACUCAGAAGGCCUUACUUUGUUGGAUUUGUUGAGCUUCACCUAUCAAGUUGCCCGAGGAAUGGAGUUUUUGGCUUCAAAAAAUUGUGUCCACCGGGAUCUGGCUGCUCGCAACGUCCUCCUGGCACAAGGAAAAAUUGUGAAGAUCUGUGACUUUGGCCUGGCCAGAGACAUCAUGCAUGAUUCGAACUACGUAUCGAAAGGCAGUACCUUUCUGCCUGUGAAGUGGAUGGCUCCUGAGAGCAUCUUUGACAACCUCUACACCACACUGAGUGAUGUCUGGUCUUACGGCAUUCUGCUCUGGGAGAUCUUUUCCCUUGGUGGUACUCCUUACCCCGGCAUGAUGGUGGAUUCUACUUUCUACAAUAAGAUCAAGAGUGGGUACCGGAUGGCCAAGCCUGACCAUGCUACCAGUGAAGUCUACGAGAUCAUGGUGAAAUGCUGGAACAGUGAGCCAGAGAAGAGACCCUCUUUUUACCACCUGAGUGAGAUUGUGGAGAAUCUGCUGCCUGGACAAUAUAAAAAGAGUUAUGAAAAAAUUCAUCUGGACUUCCUGAAGAGUGACCAUCCUGCUGUGGCACGCAUGCGUGUGGACUCAGACAAUGCGUACAUUGGUGUCACCUACAAAAACGAGGAAGACAAGCUGAAGGACUGGGAGGGUGGUCUGGAUGAGCAGAGACUGAGCGCUGACAGUGGCUAUAUCAUUCCUCUGCCUGACAUUGACCCUGUCCCUGAGGAGGAGGACCUGGGCAAGAGGAACAGACACAGCUCGCAGACCUCUGAAGAGAGUGCCAUUGAGACGGGUUCCAGCAGUUCCACCUUCAUCAAGAGAGAGGACGAGACCAUUGAAGACAUCGACAUGAUGGACGACAUCGGCAUAGACUCUUCAGACCUGGUGGAAGACAGCUUCCUGUAA